AUGGCCGACCACAAGACCGCGCGCGAGCUUUGCACAACCUUCCUGAAGGAGAAGACCGAGGUCAUCGACCCACAAGACCUACCCAUUCUCGACGAGUGCCCGAUCUGUCUCGACAAUUACGAACUGGAACAGUCUGUGCGCGUCACUAUCGAGGGGUGCAAACAUGUUUUCGGUCGCAGCUGCCUCACGGCUUUGCUUACGAACAACCCGAGGCUGGAGAAGAAGUGUCCGCUUUGUCGGACUGUAUGGAUGGAUGCGCCAGCAGGAGCUUCGACUAGAGCGCCGCCACCUACAGUUCGCUCGGUCCAGUCCGGGAUCGAUUCGACACCAGGCUCAAGCCGAGCACAGGUCCAACGUCCUUCGCAACCUUUCUUCGUGGGUUCGUUCAGGGCGCAAGCAAACGAUCGCCCUCUUGCCAUGCCCCGAUCACGGCAAAGGGAGCUCACCCGUCCCGCUCGACCUCCCGCUGGUUUUUCGUUCUUGUCGUACUCCCCUGCUCCUUCUCCUGCAGUCCUCGUCGGACAGCCGAACCGGGUCAUCAACCUCAUUGACAGCGACGGUGACGAUGACCCUUUGGAAAGCUUCAACUCGAUCACUCGCGACAUCAACAGUGUCCGAGAGCGAGCUCGCAAUACCGAGCCUAAGCGGCGUAACGAAGGCAAGACGUGGAAGAAGAGCGAACCCGCUACUGCAGCUCAGCGUGCGUCUCCCACGAUCGAACGUGAAAACGGCAGCAGCAAUGGCCAGAAUCAGCAGAAUCAGCAGGCUCAGCAGGCUCAACAGCAACAGCAAGAACAAACGACACCAUUUCCUGCUUCGUUCUGGAAUCCUCCUCCUCGUGCUCGCCCAACGCCGCAGAAUAUCCAGAAUCUCAUCCAGCAGAACUGGGGCUUGGUGAGCGGUACACGAGAUGUCCAAACAGCGGACCGCAGCGAAGAUGCCGUAAUGGCUUCUGACGACGAUGUCGCUCAGCGCAGCGAGCAGGACCCGCCCCCGCCGCCUCCUGCUGUAGCAUCCCCGGCUGAAGACCGCUCUCACAUCUUACCAAAUGCCCGAGCACAAACCGUACUCGCACCACCGCGAUCUAGCAGCCUCCGCCGCAAUCAGCGAUCCAGGAGGCCGCCGUACCCGUUCAUUUUCUCCCCCACCCCGGAGGCCAACACCGACGUAGGCCGCAAUCUCGCAGCCCAGACACGGCAGGAUCGGCUCGAUCGGUGCGAGACUGAGCUUCGAGAGGGGAUGACACGCCUCAGCGCCCAAGAGCAGGACCUAAACAACCGCGCACAGCGUCUGAAUGUCCGAGAGAGCGUUCUAGAUGAUCGGGAGAGGGCAGUGGCUCUGCGGGAGGAGGACGUUCGGCUGCGUGAGGGGACUUUGACGCGGUUGGGCGUAGUGAGGCUGAGGCAGUUGCGCGAAUUCGACGCCAUGGCUGCGAGGCACCGUGAGGAGAUGAGGAUCUCGCCGUAG